CGCCAUAAAUAGCAAAAAAAAAAAAAAAAAGCCGAGAAUCAUAAAAUUUUGGAUUGUUCUGGAUGAUUUGAAAAAUUAUUUGUUUAUUUCUCUAAACUUCUCAUAUUUUAGUUACUUAUUAAGCAUUGUUUAAAUUCCACAAAUUAUAAUCAUCAUGUUUGGUUUAAUCAUAUCCGGAAGACUGCCUCAGACUGAUUUUGUUAGGGUCGAUGAAAACAAAUUGUUGAUCAAUGUUCCUGAAGUCGAUAAAGUCAAUUACAUUGUUAUUUUCCUAACCGGUUCGGCUCCACUUCCCGAUGGUACAUCUGCAGCUGUCUACUUUAGCUGGCCUGACGCCAGUUCGGCACCAACUUGGCAGUAUUUAGGUCAUAUAUCCAACAGUAAGCCGUCAGCAAUUUUCAAGAUCUCACAAUUAAAAAAGGGCCAUGAAAUUGAACAAAAUACAAUGGUCUUUGGCAGCCAAGCCAUAUCGCAUAUAGCACAAAUUGGAAUAUCCGUGGAACCGGAUAUUGCAGUGUGUCAACUUACUCCUGCAAUUACAAAUGCCAACAACACCCUGCUGUUUGGACAGAAAAUGUUGGAAAGCUUUUUCAACUAUGCAUCAAGCUUUUGCAUUACCCCACAACAGAUUCCGAAUAUGGUUGGAGACGCCACUGCAUUGGUACCGUUGUCAACUUUGCAAACUUGGUACACAAACUUCCAGAGAAGACUCGAACAGAAUCCCAACUUUUGGAAGUAUUAGUAGCGCACUGAAUUUAGUAGACUCAUAAAAUAAACAUGUUAGCCAGAAUGUUAAUUUUAAACUUGUUUUGUAAAUAAGAUAAGUUAACUAAAAAAAAAUCAACAUUCUCGUAGAAAUGCACGCGGGUUCUUAUUUGUAAAUUUUUACUUUUUGUGUAUGUUUGAUAAAAUAAAAGCCAAGUGUUUUUUUUAGUUA